CGGGGCAGUUCGCCAGAGGGGAGUCAGAGACGACAGGCUGCUCCCGAGAUCCCGGGCCUCGCUGUUUGCUGUGCUCUCGUAUCGUGAGGGUCACCCCGGGGUCCCUGUCACCGAAAUCCAGAGACCUGCCCCUCCCCUGGGCGGUCCGCACCCCCGUCCCGGGACCCGGGACUCCUCCUAACCCCUUCGUGGUGUGUGGGUCCGCUCAGCAGACCUAAGCCAGGUGCAACUCUUGCUCGUGCGAGCCCGGCGUCCCGGACCUGUCACUCCUGCUCUGCAGGACUUUUGGAGCUUCUGGGUUUCGGUCCCAGCUCCUGCCCCGGAGGAGCCGCAGCCACUGCUAAGCCCGGGGGUGACCCGCCUGUCCACCCACCCGGCCCGGUGACCGCAGCCGAGGGGAGGAUGGGUGUGGCCCUCGCCCCCGGGCUGGACGCCAGCAGAUGAGGGAGCGGCGUCGGGGCUGAGCUGGGAGGAGAUGGGGAGCGGGGCGGGCAGGCUGCGGCAGACCCUGCCCGGUGCCGGCAGACUGGUGGGUUUGACCGGAGGGCCUGGGCGGGCCACCCCUGCGGCUGGCAGCCCGCACCCCUGUGGGCGGAGACCUCUGGCCUCCGCCGCUUCCCCAGCCGCGUCUGCUCCCCUAGCCCUCGGCCCUGGCUCCGUGUGUGCGGGACGGGCGGCGCUUUGUGGCCGUGGAGCUUUCGCUGUGUGCAGAUGAGGAAGCCGUGAGCCACGGUGACACAGCAGGUGGCUGGCCGAGCCUGGAUCCCUACCAGCCUGGUGCUUGCUUCCUGGCUGUGGGCACGGAUAUUUGCAGCGCCCUGAAGAUCCGCUCCGGGGAAAGGGGACGAUGCCGCUCUUCUUCCGGAAGCGGAAACCCAGCGAGGAGGCUCGCAAGCGCCUGGAGUACCAGAUGUGCCUGGCGAAGGAAGCUGGGGCGGAUGACAUCCUGGACAUCUCGAAAUGCGAGCUCUCGGAGAUUCCGUUCGGGGCCUUUGCAACCUGCAAAGUUCUCCAGAAGAAGGUGCUGAUCGUCCACACCAACCACCUCACCUCUCUGCUUCCCAAGUCCUGCAGCCUCCUGAGCCUCGCCACCAUCAAGGUGCUGGAUCUGCACGCAAAUCAGCUGGCCGGCCUUCCUGAGGACGUGGGGCAGCUCACCGCCCUCCAGGUAUUGAACGUGGAAAAGAACCAGUUGACACACCUCCCGCGUUCCAUUGGGAACCUGGUCCAGCUCCAGACCCUCAACGUGAAAGACAACAGGCUGAAGGAGCUUCCAGACAGCCUGGGCGAGCUGCGGAGCCUGCGCACGCUGGACGUCAGCGAGAACGACGUGCAGAGGCUGCCGCAGAUGCUGGCUCACGUCCGGACCCUGGAGACGCUGAGCCUCGACGCCGCGUCCAUGGUCUACCCGCCCCAGGACGUGUGUGGCGCCGGCACCGCGGCCGUGCAGCAGUUCCUCUGCAGAGAGUCGGGACUGGAAUACUACCCCCCUUCCCAGUACCUGCUGCCGGUUCUGGAGCAAGACGGAGCCGAGCCCUCCCGGGACAGCCCUGAUGGGCCGGCGGACAGAUGGUCGAGGGAGGAGGUAGAGUGGCAGAACAGGUUCUCGGACUACGAGAAACGGAAGGAGCAGAAGACGCUGGAGAAGCUGGAGUUUGAGCGGCGCCUGGAGCUCGGGCAGCGAGAGCACGCCCAGCUGCUGCAGCAGCACAGCAGUGAGAAGGAGGAGGUCCUGCAGACGGUCAGGCAGGAGCAGUCUCGGCUGGAGCAGGGCCUGAGCGAGCGCCAGCGCCACCUGGACACAGAGCGCCAGCGGCUGCAGGAGCAGCUGAAGCAGACUGAGCAGGACAUCUCCAGCCGGAUCCAGAAACUUCUCCAGGAGAACCAGAGGCAAAAGAAAAGUUCGGAGAUUCUGAAGACGCUGGAAAAUGAAAGAAUAAGAAUGGAACGGCUGAUGUCCAUCACCCAGGAGGAAAGCGAGAACUUGCGGCGCCGGGAGAUCGCCUCCGCCAUGCAGCACAUGCUGACCGAGAGCUGUAGGAAUCGGCUCAUCCAGAUGGCCUACGAGUCCCAGAGGCAGAACCUGGUGCGGCAGGCCUGUUCCAGCAUGGCCGAGAUGGACGAGCGGUUCCAGCAGGUCCUGUCGUGGCAGCAGAUGGAUCAGAACAAGGCCAUCAGCCAGAUCCUGCAGGAGAGCGCCAUGCAGAAGGCGGCCUUCGAGGCACUCCAGGUGAAGAAGGACCUGAUGCAUCGGCAGAUCCGGAACCAGAUUAAGUUAAUAGAGACUGAGUUAUUGCAGCUGACACAGCUGGAGUUAAAGAGGAAAUCCCUGGACACAGAGACACUGCAGGAGAUGGUCUCAGAGCAGCGCUGGGCCCUCAGCAACCUGCUCCAGCAGCUGCUCAAAGAGAAGGCGCAGCGCGAGCAAGAGCUCCGGGAACUCCUGACGGAGUUAGAGGCCAAAAGCGAGGCCAAGCAGGAGAACUACUGGCUCAUUCAGUACCAACGCCUGCUGAACCAGAAGCCCCUGUCCCUGAGGCUGCAGGAGGAGGGCAUGGAGCGCCAGCUGGUGGCCCUCCUGGUGGAGCUGUCGGCCGAGCACUACCUGCCCCUCUUCGCCCACCACCGCCUCUCGCUGGACGUGCUGAGCCGGAUGCGUCCCGGGGACCUGGCCAAGGUGGGCGUCUCGGAAGCUGGCCUGCAGCACGAGAUCCUACGCAGAGUCCAGGAACUGCUGGACGUGGCCAGGACGCAGCCAG